AUGGGAGGGGGAAGCCAAACGUUUGCCGCAGCAGGGAUUGAUUACCAUCAGGGCAAAGAUCACCCAUCUGAAUGGCGUUUCACCCCCGCCCCAAUUCCCUUCUGUCCGACUCUUGCAAGACCCCAUUGCCCCAGCACCUCUCAUCUGGCGCAGUCACCUCACUCACUCACAGCGACCCACAGGUAUCCCAGUGUUGCCCCUUCGUAUGGAUAUCACACCUCUCAGUCCAACGUCGGGGAUCCAGCAUUUCCACAGUCCAACGUCCCUCCAGCAUUUCAAGUUGCUCCAGCAUUUCCACAGUCCAUCAUUCCUCCAGCAUUUCAAGUCGCUCCAGCAUUUCAACCGUUGUCAACACAAGCCUCAGCGGUCGCAGACAGCCAAAAGCCAGGCCCUCCGGCCCUCGGCAGACCAAAGCCCUUCGACUAUUCACAGUAUUGGCCCAAGGUCGAAUCACAAAAUCAGAACAUGCCAAUCAAAAAACCCAGCGAUCAGAAACCGGCUCCUUCCUCAAAUUUCAAUUUCUCCUAUGCUCUUGGUAUCCAGGAAAAGCCGGACCCCCAGCCGCUUGGUCGAUUCAACCAGACCCUAGAAAAACAGCCACCCCCGCCGCCCCUUUGCUUGGGCCAAUCUGCUCACCAUGCAAAACAACCUCCUGCCCUGCCUCCUCGAUUCAGUCAGUUUCCGACCGGUCAACUCAGUCAAUCUGGUAUAACGCCAACCAGUCGAUUUGGUCAGCCUGACCUACAGAUAAAACCUCCGACCAGUCGAUUCGGUCAGCCUGACCUGCAGAUAAAACCUCCGACCAGUCGAUUCGGCCAGACUCCACUCCCGACUCUGGCCACUGGAACCCUCUUCAGACCUACCACUGAGCCCACAACCAACAACCCAUUCAUGGCAGCCAACUUUUGGGAUUCAAAACCGGCACCUCCACCACCACCACCUAAGUCUACCAAUCUAUGGGGCCUCAAGCCAAUCCUCAAAUCAAACCCUGUCCCAGCCCAAUCAGUCGCAAACCAUACCCCUCAUGACCACACUGCUAUUCGGGCUGAAAGUAAGUUUGAUCAAACAGCACAACUGCAAGCUUAUAAUUUCAACAUCCCUUCUCCACCCGCUUCCCCGGUUACUCCUGCUCCUGCUCUGCGUGACUCAAACGUUGAUGAUCUAUGCAACGCCGUUUCUCGCCUUCAAAUCUUCCGACCAAUUGCUCCAAUCCGGCGAAAAAAAGAGCCCGUCGAAUCCAAGCAUGUCCACUUCGCUGACAUAGCUGACACAGCCUCUUUUUUAUCUGAUGCACCGCAAAUAUUAGCCGAUUUCUUAGGUAACCAAACUAUCGAUCCUCAGCUUAUUUCGAAACCAACCCCUCCACGCCCGCCUGCACAACCACCCCAAGCUAGUAAUUCCAAGGCACCUGUGUCUUCCACACCGCCUGUCCUCUCGGCGCAGUCAGCCACACCUGUCGGACCCUUGCCUGCACACUCAGCGCCGGCCGCACCUACCAUUGCGCCCUUGCCUGCACACCAGCCCCAGUCUAUCCAAGAGCCCAGCACCUUGCCUGCACACUCAGCGCCGCCCGCCCCUACCAUUGCGCCCUUGCCUGUACACCAGCCCCAGUCUAUCCAAGCGCCCAGCACAGAGUCAGCACGGCCUGUCCUCGCGCCGCCCACGUCACAGCCGCCAGCCCCUGCUGUUGCGUACUCGCCUCACCUGUCACAAUCCGGAAUAGUAGCUCUACCCUACAAGUCAGCGCCACCCGCCCUUGUGGCUAAGGCAGCGCCUGCGCCUGGCUCCAAUUCAGUCACCCCUGCGUCUGAAUCAGUGGCGCCCGAAUCCGUCUAA